UGCUCCGCCCUCCUCUGCCCACAAGACAGGCGGCACUCGCGAGAUUCUGCUUCUAGCUGCGGAAGAAGAGUGAGGGGGAGUUGCGGAUACCCGACCACAGGCCCGAAAAACACUGAACCCGCUGCCUGCGCCUCCCCCUCUGAGAGCCCAUGGCCCGCUACAACUAUCCUUCCGUGCCCGCUUCCGUCCUUAUAGGGCUGCUUCUCGGCUGCUGCGGGCUCGCACCGGCGCCGGCCGCCGCCCAGAACGCUGGGUUUGUGAAGUCGCCCAUGUCAGAGACAAAACUAACAGGGGAUGCAUUUGAGCUGUACUGUGACGUGGUCGGGAUCCCCACCCCAGAGAUCCAGUGGUGGUAUGCUGAAGUCAACCGGGCUGAGUCUUUCAAACAGCUGUGGGAUGGUGCACGGAAGCGCCGCGUCACCAUAAACACAGCAUACGGCACAAAUGGGGUGAGUGUGCUGCGAAUAACUCGUCUCACCCUGGAGGAUUCUGGGACCUACGAGUGCCGGGCAAGCAACGACCCCCGGCGGAACGACCUGAGGCAAAACCCAUCCAUAACUUGGAUCCGGGCACAGGCCACCAUAAGCGUCCUGCAGAAGCCAAAAAUCAAUGCCAGUGAAGAGGUUACUAUAAGGAAAGAUGGUGGCCCUAUUUUGUUACAAUGCAACCUCACACUGACUGGCAGCAUGGUUGCACCAGAGAGCAGUCACUGGACUAAGAAUGGAGUAGAAAUUCCCGACAGCCGGAAGAAUGCCUUAAAUGAUUACUACAUGGAGUUGAGGAUUGGAAAGCCAAAGGCUGAGGAUUCUGGGGAAUACCUAUGUGUCUUUACCUUCCCCAACAGCUCUCCUCCUGCCAAUGCUACAAUUGAAGUUAAAGCGGCCCCUGAAAUUACCGGCCACAAAAAAAGUGAAAACAAGAACGAGGGACAGGAAGCAACAUUGCACUGCAAAUGUGUAGGAUAUCCUCACCCGGAGUGGUCCUGGUAUAAAAAGGAUGACUCACAAAUUGUGGAGCUAAAUAAUGCAAGUGGGCGCAUCUUUAUCAACAGCAGUGAUAGCUUCACCGAGAUGAAGAUAAUCAACCUAGAUAUUAAUGAAGAUCCAGGCCAGUACGUGUGUAAUGCAAGCAGUUCAGUUGGGUGGAGCAGCAGUACCACCAUCUUGCGUGUGCGCAGCCAUUUAGCUCCUGUUUGGCCCUUCCUUGGAAUUGUGGCAGAAAUAGUCAUUUUGGCGGUCAUCAUUGUGGUUUAUGAGAAGCGCAAGAGGCCGGAUGAGGUGCCAGAUGAUGAUGAACCAGCUGGACCAAUGAAAAGCAAUUCUACAAACAACCACAAAGAUAAAAAUUUGAGGCAACGGAAUACAAACUAAACCAGCCCUAGCUUCAUGAACUUUGUCAGACCACUACCCAUACCACCUGAAGAGCUGGAGCUGCUGAAGUUGAACUUCAGAUUUCUUCAAUAUUCCUGUGUGUGUUGUUUUUUUCUUUCAGGGGAUUGAGGGUACAAAACUUUCUUAAAAGCAUGCCUUAUAGCCUCCAAGGCAACUGACCAGAUGGGGUUUCAAAGAGCUUCAACAAUAGAAUGCAUAUGCAGCUUUGUGUGCGGUGGCUGUUUAUAAAAAGUUCACUUAGACUAUAUACUUAUUUAAGCCUUCCAAAGGUGAUUGGGGAUAUGGACAGGUCAUGCAUGCGGUAUAAAGUAUUUCAUUUUAAGUGUUUGAUUAUUUUUGUUAAUGUUCUUGCUGCAGCUAUACAAGCUUUCCCAAACCAUUUUCAAAGGCAGCCAAAAUUCUUUGAUAAAUCACAGAAGUGGCUAAAGUAUGCAGAUAUAUGCAGUUUAAAUAUUACGUAAUGAAAAGUACCUAUACUGGCAGUUGUAGCUUGGGAGAUUAAUAACAGCUGGGAAGAUAGCCCAGAUCACAGCAACAUGAGUUUGGGGCAAGGGAAAACUGCCAGUGAGAGAAGAGGGUGGCAAACAUGCCAUCUGCAGUAAUGAGUAGCAUGACACUGAAAUUCUUCAAAUGCGCAAAUUGUGUGCUUUUUUUAUUGAAAUAUCACCUCAUGUUUUCUAAACCAAUAAGAAGUUUGCAUGUAAUGCCCAUAACAAGGACCUUGGGUGCUGCUAUAUGUCACUCCUAUCCAAAUUUUACAUUUGAGAUUUAAUAUUUAGAAGCCAUGUAAAGGCUGCCUGACAUUCCUAUUACUUCUGAUCUCGUAUAAGAGUAAGGCAUGGUAACUUUUGAUUUAUUGGUGCAAAUAAUGGACUUUCCCAGCUAGGUCAGGUGCAUCAGUCUAAAUAAAAACAUAAUAGGUGGGAUGCUUUAUAACUUAACGUUAGUUCAAUUGUGUAUAUUACUGAAUCCUUUUUGCACUGUUAUGUCAAAACUGUACAUUCAUGCAAGCAAAAUUUUUAUAAGUUAUAUUUUUGUUUUAAAGGGGUUUGUGUUUAAUUUGAGUUUUAAAAGAUCAUGAAUUGUUUUAUAGCAUGGUUCUAUUCUAUGCAACUAGAUGUAAAUGUGUCCAUAUAUCACAACUGUAAUAUCUUUUAUUGAGAAGGGAUGGAAGAACCUUCUAGUUGCAUGAACCUGUGGAUUGUGUAUUUGAAGUGUAACCAUGUUGAUAAAUAUAAAGUACCUACAACAAAAA